AUGGCAGGCUUAAGAUGUGGGAAAUUACCAGAAGCGGCAGAGCUAGAUGGAAUAAAGAACAGUAGGGCAACCGAAAACUUGGCUAAAAAGGGUUUAGGGGAGAAAGCGUGUAUUACGGGACAUGAUUUAGAGGAGAGGUUAGAAGAAGGAGUCGUCCGUAUCUUCCUCACCACUACUAGGGGUGAAGCGGGAGAGGAGUAUGUUACAUCCUUCGAAGUACUGGAGGAUGAAGCAGAUGAAGGGAUAAACCGCCUAAUUCGAGAUCUAAAAGGGGUUACGCAUCACAUUGAUGAUGUAUUGGCACUCAUGAGGCUACGACAGAGCAAUACUGGUGAUAUAUUGUAUCCCGAUUGUGCCAUCACCGAUGUGGCCUUUGGCCAAAUGCUAGUAAUGAUAUAUGACACUUUAAUGAAAAAGGCCAUUGCUUGUGUUAUUAGGCGUCAGGCUGUUGAUACUUGGAUUGUGGUGCUGAUGCUGAAGUUGUAUAACAGCGUCUGUGUCAGUCAGAUAGGAAAUGAAGGCAUGGCUAACAAGUGCGUUAUUUAUGCACCGGACACCGCAAAUGGCUUCACUUGUUACUCCUCUAACGCUUCCUCCUGUACCCCUUCCUCAACUCCUUCGUCAGUCGGGAUGAUUUAUGCAGAUAUGGCUUCUCUGUCUCUUAGUCCCAAUUAUGGAACUGCAGUUUCGCUUGUUUCUGCUUCUAUAGAGACUCAUGUUUGCAGGAACUCUGAUAUGGAAAAUGGGAGAGCUUGCUGGGGUUUUCCUCUCAUGGGUAACAGCUUAACGAGAAACUUUGAGGGACAACAUAAUACUGAUGUUAAUGUUGAGGGUAAGAGCUCUUAUUACAGUGAUGGGUUUGGAGAAACCAAUGAGACCAUAAUCCACAAUGUCAACUUGAAUGAAGAUUUUAACCCUAACGAGAAUAUAGUGAUAAGCGGAAAGGAAACAGAUAGUGGGCAGGCAAAGCUUUGUGCUAGAGGCCACUGGAGGCCGGCGGAAGAUACCAAACUCAAGGAACUUGUUGCUCUUUAUGGCCCCCAAAACUGGAACCUUAUAGCCGAGAAGCUAGAAGGUAGAUCAGGUAAAAGCUGUAGGCUGAGGUGGUUUAACCAGUUGGAUCCAAAGAUCAACAGAAGAGCUUUUACUGAAGAAGAAGAAGAAAGGUUAAUGCAAGCUCAUAGAGUUUAUGGUAACAAAUGGGCCAUGAUAGCCAGGCUCUUUCCUGGAAGAACUGAUAACGCAGUCAAGAACCAUUGGCAUGUUAUAAUGGCUAGGAAAUAUAGAGAACAAUCCAGUGCAUAUAGAAGGCGGAAGCUGAGCCAAUCUAUCUACAAAAGAAUGGAGGAUAUCCCGGGGAUUGUCUGCAGAGAUGCAGCCGCCAGAAAUGAACCACAACCAUACUGUUUCAGUGUCCCCAAUGGAGGACUCAGCAACAUCUCUCCCUUCUCUUAUGGAGCUUUUAAUGGUGGCGGUGGUGGGGUUGAUUUUACCUUCAACGGUUCACCCCACACGACCAGUGGGCAAGAAGCAAUCUUAAGCAACAAGGACCCUUACAGUGGGUUUUGUCUACAGCAGACACCUAGUGAUUUCUUCCCUGGUCCCAAGAGCAAUGAUAUGAUGGGCAUGUUCAGCCAGGUGAGAUCUUGGGAUAGGCCUAUUGAUGAAGCCCACGUUUCUGGUUUCAAUCUUCACCACCAUCCUCAAUACUUGAUGGCAAUGCAACAGUCAAACUUCCAGCACCACCCUCACAUUUUCUUUGAUUCCACGGCAUUUACACCUCAAUUUUCAGCCAGUGAAGCUUCAUCAUCGGUAGGCAGCCAUUUUGACGCCGUUCCACCACGCUUCUUUGAUUUUCUCGGGGUCGGAGCCACAUGA